CAGUUCAAAGAUUUUUUUUUUUAUUUAAAAAAACUCAGAUACAAAUCCUAAGUCCCUACUUUAAUACCUAAGUGGAAAAUGAGGUUGUGAAGAGCAGCUGUUACACCCCAAAAGCCUUUGGAUAACUUCAGCUAUUCACCGUUCUCAGUCAAAUGGUUAAUUAAAUGAAAAGGCUUGACAUUUUAGUUCCAGAAACUAAACUGCUUUUCUAGAUAAAAUAGAUGUGCCUUUUGAAAAUUUCCUAUAAAUAAUGGGCCACCAGCUGAAAAACUGGGUUCAAGUCUUGUCAAGAGCUGCAUUCAACUAAAAGCUGAUUUUUCUCUUUUCACAUUUAUCUAAUCACAAUUGUUCUUUGAAUGCAUGUUAUUCACACAUCAGAACAUUCAAAGACAAAAGACAUCGUGUAUUUAGGAAGAUUGGACACUUAAGCUCAUCAUUUUAAUAAAAAGCAAUUAACUUUCCUUCAGAACUAAGUAUACAUUACUCAGCAUUUCAAGAUUAUUUCUGAAGGCCACGGACAUACGAAGAAAUGCAGUCUUUUUUUUUUUUUUUUUUUUUUUUUUUGGGAGCUGGGGACCGAACCCAGGGCCUUGCGCCUGCUAGGCAAGCACUCUACCACUGAGCUAAAUCCCCAACACAGAAAUGCAGUCUUGAUCUUAUGAAAUACUCGAACGCAUUCCACAUCUAAGAUGCAAAUAGACACGAUCAUAUUUUAAUGACCUCAAUAGCUAUUUUAAAUCCUCAAGAAAUGAUUGGGUGAAUUUAGUAUUAUCAAAAAAAUUUGCAUGUCAAGCAGUCUUCCUUAUACUACGGAGACUGAUAACAGCCACAUGUUUAAGGACUUAAGGAUGAUUCCAAGUUCUUUCGGCAACAAAGAAAGGUUUUUUUUGGUUUCUUUUACAAAGAUAACCGCCAGUCCUGAGUUCCUUUCUUUGUCCCACAGUAACGAUGGUGGGGUGGAGGGGGACAGUGUGAUUGUCCCGAAGUCCAAAGGGCACAGAGGACCUAGUGGACAUAGCAGGACUAGCGGGGUUGCCUGCCCCGCCCGAUAUAACUCUAAGCGCCACCGAACCGCAUCCCUGGCCUCCCAGCCAUCAGAUUAUUGCUGCCUCCGCAGCCAUACAGCGUGCCGCAGUGUGCGUAUUAAAAGCCCGCCCCUGGAGGUGAUUGACGGCAGUUUCCUCCAAUGGCCAAUGCGCUCAGCCCCAGCCGACUGGGGAGGACCGCGGUUCGCGGAGGAAUCUCACUUGCCCUUUAGUCCCGGGCAAGGUGUUGCGGCCGGCGCCAUUUUCUGAGCCGCCUGUUUCGGGUGCCGCCAUGUUGGUGAGGAGAAAUCACCGUUACGGCCACUGUCCAAAUCCCCGCGUCGCUGCACGCCGCCCGCCGGCUCCCACGCCUCAGCCUCCGGCGGCGAAUACAGACUAGAGCGGCUGCGCCGGCAGCGCGGGGCCGUUGCCCAGUCUUUGCAGUUAGAGCCCCAUCUCUCUGGCGUGGUUGUUAAUAGACUGGAAAGUCUGUGUCUGUGUCGCUCACUAGUAACCGUGAGUUUUUACCACUUCGUCACCUGUCGGCGGCGGCCGGGAACAGGUGCCCGCAGGCGGCGCAGCGGUCCUCCCCGCGUCCCGCCGCCGGCCUCCAGACCUGCCCUCCAGCCCCGCCCCGUUCUUGACCAAACAUGACAGACUCUGAACAUGCAGGGCACGACAGGUCGGGAACCCUUCUUGUCUGUCUUUCUGUCGGAUGAGAGGAGGGGUCGGGGCGGCGGGAGCGGGCCGGGGCCGGGCGCCUCCUGCAUGACUUAGACGUCUCUGUGUGGCUCCAUCGGUUCCAUGACGCGCACCUUCGUCCACCGCAGCUGGCUGCCAGCCGGCCGCGGGGGAGGCCGACCCGGCCGCGCCCGCCUCCCGGAGCCGGGGUCGCCGCUCGCCGCCCCGCCCCCGCCGGGCACGUGCGAGCCCCCCGCCCCCGGCCCGGCUCUGUCGUCGGCGCCGCGCGGGCGGCUGCGGCGUCUGUUCGCCAGGCCAGUGACCGGCGACGGCAGCCCCGUUGGCACCGUCCUCGAAGGCUCAGUAGUAGGCCUUGUGGAUGUUUGCCUCCUACCCGAGUCCACCUCUGAAAAUAAACAUGUUUAGCUUUUAGGGGGUUGAAAAAAGCCUCUUUCCCUCCCAUCCCCCACUCCCAGGCUAUGUGUCUGCCGCAGGAAACCCCAGGAAAGUGAAAUGACAGUUUUCAAAUUAAAUACGUUAACACGAGUAGACUGCAGAUUUUUUAGCUUUACCUGAGUUCCUAGGUGCUAAAAAUAUCAUUUGACCAUUUAGCUGAGAUUAAGAUUUCCUUUUUAAUUUUGUUGUGCUCCUAGAGGCACGUUCUUGGCACCAUUCAGUGAUUUGGUGCCAUUUACAGAAUAUACUCUUAAGUUUUUAACUUCAAAUUUACAUUGAUAACCAAGUUUUUAAAGGGGUCAGAGCAGGACUUUUAUUAAAACUCCUGAUGCAAAAUCGAUUUCUACUUAGAAUAUUAACUUGAAAAUCGACAUCCUCACACUGCUUUGUCAGUAGUCUCAAGAGAUACAUUGUGCUCUAAUGUGGCCCAUAAGACUUAAGAAUUCCUGAGUAAUUUGAUAUGCUUUUGAUAAAGCAUUGCACACACCUUCCAUCCCUAAAUACAGAAGCAAAACAAAAAACAACAAAAAUCACUGAAAUUUGAAAUUCCAAAAUAUAUGUCGACCUUGAAAGGGAUUAAAAAAAAAAUCCUAACAACUUCAAUAAUGUGAUAAUAAUUCUCUAGAAAGACAUCAAUUAAGCAUGUACCAAGGUUCAGAUAGUAAAGUGUACUCAUAUAAGUGCAACUUGUACUUGACAUAUUUUUAAGAAGGAUUUUUUAAAAAAUAAUACCUUUGUGGUUUCAGUGCUGUCAAAUGGGCUAAGGAUUCUUGUGAUAGGCCGGCACUCUGACCCUCGGCUACACUCAGCCCAAUGUUACCCUUGUGUGCUAGGCAAGUACUCUAACACUUAGCUGCACUCAUGACCCAAGGUUACCCUUGUAAAACAGUUUUAACUAAUGUUGAGAAGUCUAUUGAUAAGCCAGUGAUUUGUUAGUGGACUUAAAAUUCAUUAAUGUGGAAGGAAAUCUCUCAUUUGUUAGUGGAUAGUAUAACUUAAAUAUGUAGAAUUAUGUAUUUUACAUAAUAAAAACAUGUCACCAAGUUUAGAAAUCAAAAUAAUGCUUCUAAAGACCAAUAAUAACAUGUUUUUCUAUUAGAAAUUGAGAUUUGGUCUCAUUAGCCUUUGCUGGCCUAGGCUGUCUUAGAACUCAAAAAGAUCUGCCUGUCUCCACCUACAGAGUGUUGGACUAAAGGUGUGCAGUGCGGCAGUACAUACCUGUAAUCCAACAGGAAGGCAGCGCGUUCAUGUCAGCCUGCCUUACACAACAAAACCAUGUGUUUUUAAAAAGUAGAAUUUGAAGUUUUAAAACACUGACUUGAAGUUAAAAUGAUGCUUUAGUUUGAAGGAUAUAGAUUAAGAGUUAGUAGGAAGAAAAAUGAUAAGUAGCAAGAGUUUUGUUUUGAAUUAGAGCCCAUGUAGUUAUGAACUGUGAGUUAUGUUUCUCAGUCUGUUCUAGUCAGACCUGUUUUGACACAAAAUGAAGAACAACCUGUAUAGAAAUCUCUAGGUAGGUUUGUGACUACCUGUAUUUUUAUAGAUUUCUAGUUGAUUUAAAAAAAAAACUUGGGAGAAAAUAACGGAUUCCUCAAGUAUUCUCUGCUUCUAUAUUAUAACUUUUAUAAGGUAAUACAAGUUUAUAUGAAUUAUGUGAAGAGUGUAUAAUUUUUGCAUAGUCUAGGUAUUUUCACGAAGAUUAUUUUCAGUUACUUUUGAAAACUAAAAUACACAUUCAGGAAAAUAGUGAAAUCUCAUAUUUAUAACUGCUUUGACUUUAUACAAAUUAAAAUAGAAUUUACAGAAAGGAGAAAUUCUAAAUGUAAAUGAAAUUCAUAAAAUGUAUAACUGCUUUAAAUUAUUUUUUGUACAUGUUUUAUAUGGUGAGUGAUUUAUGUAAAUUUGUUUACUAUUUUCUGAAAAAAUAUAUUUUUGAAAAUAUCUAUUUGGGAUCAGGUGUUGUUGGUGCACACCUAUAAUUUCAGCACUCUGGACACUGACAAAAGGAACACUGGCAUGAAUAUGAGACCAACCUAGCUACAGAGUGAGACCCUGUCUCAAAACAGCAAACAGUCCCCCUAAACAAACAAAUAAAACUAUCCCGUUGGUGUGCUUUCCUUUAAUAUUUUCAUGCCUGGGACGAGAAGUAUACUUUAUAAGGUAUCAAUAAUAUAAUGAUACCUAUAAACUUGUAGACAUGAAGAAUGUUAGAGUUCUUGUGCAUAAGUCUGCAGCCUAGUUUCUAAAUAUAAAGUGGAAAGAAUUGAGAAAGUUAAAGGUUUAAUCCCCUUUCAGUUCUCUUUCAUUCACUUCUUUCAGGCCCAACCUCACUCAUCUAACUUUAUCCUUCAGCUGGAUAUUAACCCAGUUAAACCAGGCUCGUUAUGAUGCUUGACAUCAAACCUAUGGCCUCUUGCAUGCUAGACCAGAGUUCUACCUUUGAGCUAUACUCCCAAUCCUGCAAGCAAUUGCUGAAGGCUAAAUACUAGUUCCUAUCUCAGACUAGUAAUUAUCAGAGUUUCCUAAAAUAUGUUAAUGGUAAAAAGUUACCCAGGGCCUGCACUGGAGGAAAAGAUUUUAACACGAACCUAGUAUAGUAUUUUAGGACUCCUAAAGUAAGUUAUUUAUUUAUUACUUGAUAGGACAUAUGGAUAUUUUCCUUAGGUUGGAGGUUUUUUGGUUUUUUUUUUUUUUUUGGGGUUUUUUUUUUUUUUUUUUGGUUCUUUUUUUUCGGAGCUGGGGACCGAACCCAGGGCCUUGCGCUUCCUAGGCAAGCGCUCUACCACUGAGCUAAAUCCCCAACCCCUAUCCUUUGUUCUUUAUGAACAAUUUCACCAUUUAUUCCCCUUACUUUUUGGUUGUUUUCCUUUAAAGCAAUAACAGAUCUCCAGCUAGUCAGAAGGGCAGUUGUUUAAAAAGUUUUCAUAGUCUCCUAGUGGGUUGAAAAUUUGACCAAGAGACUGUACCAGAGUUUGACCAAGUACCGUCAGAGGUGUAUGUGUAGAAAGCACAGGGAAGGGAAGUGACACAGUAGGUUCAGACAUGGUGAAGGUCUUGAUGUAUAGACACUGGGAACUAUUUUGAAAAAUGAGGAAAAGUCUUGAAUAAACUUAGGGCCAAACCCAUCCCUACUGGGAUAUGAAGAUCACAACAGAGUUUUUAAGCAGGACAGCAGUGAUCAGCUGCAUAUUGUUGGUAUGCUGACUGGAGGCUAGAAAAAAGCAAGCUAUAGGAAAGUGAGAAGGCUUUUCAGUUGUUUUUGGUAAGCAUUAAGAAUAUAAUAUUUAAUAAUUACUGGUCUACAUAUGGAGUAUGCAGCAAUAAAACAUUACUAAUAUUUUCUUGAGAGAGAAAUAACAUAAAAAAGUUUAAUAUUAGAUAAGCAUUUGAGAGUGAGGUGAGUGCUGUAGGAUGUUUCUAUUUUAAGUAGGGUUAUAAGUAACCACUUACUAAAAAAGUAGUAUUUGUCAAAAUUAUGAAAUAGGAGAGGAGUUCAGACCCAGGAUAUUUGUGAAAAGGCUUUCCAGGUGGAAUGGUAGGUAAGAAAGCCAGGACUCAGGAUGAACUUGGGAGGAUUAAGGGAAGAACAAGGACAUGGAAGCCGUCUGUCCAGAGGGGUUAGUAAGCAAGGGAGGCAGCAAGAGAAGUGCAUCCUUUGGUGCUGUCUAGAGCCCUCAAGACAUUGUGAGAACUGUGAAUUUUCCUCUUCAGUGAUUUGGGAAGCACUGUGGUACUUGAACAGAGGAAGACUAGGAUCAUGCUAUGGAAAAAGAGGAAAAAGCAACUCCUACAGCAAUAGGUUACAUAGCUGUGUUAGGACAUGGUAGAACUAAGUAACAUUGUCUGGUGGUUGAAAAUGGAGCAUAAGAAAGAAUGAGUGCAGAGCUAGGAUAGACAGCUAGUAAUUGUCCAGUAAAGACUUGAUCAUGGGCAAUGCUACAGACACAAAGCAAGAGUCAGUUAUUUCUUAGUUAAUUCUUGGUAGAAUUAAAGGUGUCUGAGAUGGAUGUUAGUUGAAAUUAUUGAGAUUAACUGAGAUAUAAGUGUUGUAGACCAUGAAAAAAAGAUUUUUAAAAACCAAGUGAGGGAAAAAAAAACCAUUCAAAGAUGUGAAGAUGAAGAUCAUGAAGAUCACAGCCCUAAAGGAAAGAAAGAGGUUCAAAAAGUCCUUUGAUAUACAUUAUUCUAAGUUAAAACCUUUUAGUACUGAAUUAAAAGGUAAACUGGUGGCCUUUAGCCUGAAAGUUUGCAUUUUUGUUUGAUUAGAUGAUUUCCACCCCCUGUAUUGGAGAGUAAACCUUUUACAUGCAAGGUAUUCACUCUACCACAGAGUUAAUUCCCCGACUUGUUUUGAAAUAGCCUUCUUUGAAAACAUUUAAGAUUGUUUUCUACUCUCUGUAGUCCUUUAUCACUAUUGCAUGUACAGACUCACUACCCAAGAUGUCCUCCGUUCAUGUGGGUCACCUGCUUAGCAUCUUUAGUUGUAACUGGAGUUUGUAUUUUCUUGCUUUCUUUCUUUCUUUUUUUCUUUUCUUUCUUUCUUUUUUUUUUUUUUUUUGAGACAGGGCUUCACUAUGUAGCUCUGGCUGGCCUGGAACUCACCGUGUAGACCAGUUUGGCCUCAAAUUCAUAGAGUUCAGCCUGCCUCUGCUUCCCUAGUGUUGUAAUUAAAGGCAUGGGCUGACAACUGGAGCCUGUAACCCUAUGCCAUGUAUUAAACCAAGGUUUCCUCCUGUCUCAUAGGAAUGGUUGACCGUGAAUUCACCAGAUCAAACCUCCAGGUCAGGACUGUUAGCAUAUUACUUUGUGAAUUUUUUCCAGAGUCACUUUUCAGAGUGACCCUGCAUUAUCAGUUGUUCGGGGUCAGAAGCUGACUCACUUCAGAGCUCUUUAGAUUCAGAAAUGCCAAACAUUGUUAAUAGCAUUAAUCAUUAACUGUAUGAAAACUAGUGUCUUAACUGCUUUAUAUAAAUUAUUCAAUCUCACAACAGCCCAAGACAAAGGUCUAAUUAUAGUCUCUCUUUUUAGAGAUAAGAAAGCAAAUAUGAAGGGUUUUGUUGUUGUUUGGUUUGGUUUUGUUUUUUAAAGAUGGUGUUUCUUUGUGUAGCCCUGGCUGGCAAAUAUGAAAAUUUAAAGUUCCCCAAAGCACUAAGCAAAUCAGCAGGAACCUCAGUAAUCUGAGGACAGAGCCUACACUUUUAUCCACAUUAUCAGGAGAAUGUAUGUACAUGAGAAUACCAAUUUAUUCCUGUGAAGACUAGAUGUUUGCAUCAGAGAGUGCAUUCUCCAUAGAGAAUGCUAUACAGGAAACAAUAUAAAUUUACCCAAUGAGUAAGAAUAGGAUAUUAGGGCAGGAGGAUUAGUUGUAUAUGACUGGUAGUUUGAUGGUUUUAGUCUAGAGAAAUGAUAUUCACAUCUCCAUAAUGUGUCUCUCACGUACACACUUGCAUAAAGGAUGUCUUUCCUCCUAGACAUGUGACACUGCCCACAUUUGUCAUUGGGUUUCUUUUUCAUUGCUGCCAUUGUUGACAGUCCUUAUUUCUCCAUUCCCUCUUUCUCCUAAGAGCAAUUCUUUGCAAUGCAUGAUAAUAUCUAAAAUUUAGUUCUCAUUUUUAACUUGAUCCAACUUAAUCAGUUAUGGCUUAAUAUUUUGGCUUUAUGGUUGGUUUCCUUCCUUCCUCUUUCCUUCCUCUUUCCUUCCUCCUCCUUCCUUCCUCCCUCCCUCCCUCCCUUCCUUCCUUCCUUCCUUCCUUCCUUCCUUCCUUUUUUCUUUCUGGAUAUUCUUAUUCUAAACACACACACAUACACACACAGGUACAUUGGGAGGAUGGUUGGGCUCUGGGAAAUGUUACUUUACUGGUGUGAAUACAUAUCAGAUUAUCAUAAUUAUGUGACUUUAACAAAAAUAGUAUUUACUCUUGGCAGAAUAGGCUUCUACUAAAACUGACUUUAUGGUUUCUUUUUAGUGUUCUGGCUUAACAUUAAUACUAGAGAUACUGAUACUGUUUUAAUAUUUAAACUUUCAUUAAUCAUAUGUAUAUUUUGAGUGAAAAAUAAAUGGCUAAAGCAAGUCCCAUGUAGCAUUUAAAGAGUAUUAAGAAGAUUAUCAUUAGAAAUAUGCCAUAAAACCAAAGCACAGCUUUUUUCCCUAUAAAGUUGACACAAAACAACCUAGAUUUGAAUUCUAAUGAUUUUUGAAGUUUUUCAUGAAUCAUAGUUUAUAAUUCAUAUUUCACUUCACUUCAGAGUUUAGGAGCAGAGUCUGUAUGGCUGACUGAGAAACGUGAUCUGUCCAUGGCAUUCAGUUUCACUACCUUUUCCAUUGCUUUAAAAUUAUUGAUUGCUCUGGUAUCAUAGAGAAAUUAUUGAAUUAUAGAUAAUUCUGUUAUAAUUAUUUAUAAAUUCAUCUUUAACCAUACCUUUAUCUAAUUAUUAACAUAUUAAAACUUCCAGUUAAUCAGACUAAUUACUUUCAUAAACAUUUUAAAGAAAGUCAGAUCAAUUAAGUACAGCCAGCAAAGCUGCAGUUUUACCUAUAGAAAAUAGAAAUUCUGCUAUUGUAUGAAAGUUUCGGCUUCUUAAAAUUCACCAAAAAAUUUUAAUUCCCCUUAUGCUUAAGUUUUUAAUCUCUACCGGCAUUUGGAAAUGUCUUGGAACACUUGCACUUCUGUGUGGGACUGAGUUCUAGGUUGUGACUCGAUUGCUAUGUCCUUAAAAUAUAUAAUUAUAUCUUAAAUUUUUAUUUUGUAUAAGCAAGUCAAGCACAAAUGAAUACUCCAUUGUUAUAAGAAACACCUUUGUGGUUUGGUUGUACAUAUAUUUCACCAAGUGCCUCUUCAUUUUUUUCUGAAUGACACAGUGUGAAAAACAAUAGUCAGCCAAAGCAGGGACUAAAGCUGUUAUCGUUACUGUGGUAUAAACACCGCCAGCACUUGUGGAAAAGUAGGACCAGUUCCGCUUCCUCAUUACAAGUUGUAGUGGUCUUGUUUAAAAGUAAGCCAUUAUUUUUGUAAAGGAAGGAUUUUUUUCAGCACUGCUCAUUGCUAAAUUAGCCUGCUGGUGAUUUUUAAUGCAUACACUAGGGUCAUUUUUACUUGAGGUAGUAGGACAGCAGAUAGCUGGAAGAACUUGUUUUUUUUUUGUUUUGUUUUGUUUUGUUGUUGUUGUUGUUGUUUUUGUCUUGUUGUUUGUUUGUUUGUUUUUGUGACAGGUUCUCUGUGUAACCCUGGCUGUCUUAAAACUCACUCUGUAGACCAGGCUGACCUAGAACUCAGAGAUCUGCCUGCCUCUGCCUUCUGAAUGCUGGGAUUAAAGGCUUGUGCCACCACUGCCCAUCUAGAUCCUGUUUCUUAUAACCUGGUCUUGUAUAUGUAUAUUCUCACACGUACAAAACAAAAACAGUUGUGUUAAACAAAACUUUAGAAGUUUUACUUAAUGAAAUUUUGAAGUGGCAAAGUCAUUAUCUAGUAGUUAAUUUCUUUUAUACAGAAUAGCUUUCAUAAACAUUAUUUGUAAUGUUUUCCACAUUCAUUAAUGUACAUUUACAUUUUAUCUAAUUGCUAAAAUCUCAAUAGAUAAGAAAGAUUUUCACUCCAACUUGUACCAAAACACCUUAAUUUGGAAUAUUCAGAUAUUAACAGCAAAUCUAAAUGCCAUGCAUGUUUACAUUUACCUUACUAUAUUGAUUAAUUAACAUGACAUUCAAAUGAUCAGGCAGUUUCUGAUCAUAUGAUUUGCAGGAAUAUCAGAAAUUCCUUGACCAAAGCAGAAUUAGGAAAAGGUACAUUUUAAUUGAAAACUUAGGCCAAAGUUUAAAGUAGAACAUUUUCUUAAACAAACAGAAAAGGCUUCCUAUCAUAGCUUCAAAUCCUAUUAGUACCUCAAAUUUACAGUUAAUUCUAGCAUCAGGUGGUGGAUUGAGGUCUUGAAUACUUAUAGAACUAAUGGCUUUUGGGUGUGUUACUAGAUGACAGGUUGUCCACUCUGGUUCAUUGUUAGAACCAUCCACAGAUUUCUGGAGAAUUGCUGAGUGAAAAUGCAGGGAAAAUUAUUUGAUAGAAAAUUUCUGUGGAUUUCUACCUUUUUCAGUUUGUACUAGAGAGUCUAAAUGAACAGAGUAAAAUGAAGAAUUAAAAUAAAUCUAGUGUAAUUGAAUAUCUAGCUAAAUAAAAAAAGUACUAAAAAAUAUACAAAACUAUUAAAUCUCAAAGAAGUUAGCAAUUUAAUUCACAGUUUUGAUUUAUUCACACACUACCCUGGUUUUGGUUAUUACAAAAAUAGUUAAGGAUGGUUGGCAGUGGCUCACACCUUAAUCCCAGUGCUCAGGAGGUAGAAGCAGGCAGAUCUCUCUGGAGGCUAGUCUUGUCUACAUAGAGAGUUUUAGGACAACCAAGGCUACACAGAAACCCUGUCUCAGAAAACCAAAACCAACCAAACAAAACCCCUAACAUUUGGGGGAUAUAACUUGAAAAAUAAAAAUAAAUUUUCCUAGGAUAAAGGCACAGCAGCAUUUCCCUCUACGUCCCUCAUUUUGUUAGAGAUUUAAGUUCAAGUAUAUAUUUAAAGGCUUUCGAGGUGGUGGCACAAAACUAAUGUCAGAACCCAGCUGACACAAGAGGAUUGCUGUGUAUUCUAUUCAGAUAUGUAUAUUUCAGAGAAAUCACAACAAAUGAGAAUAAAAAAAGACAACUCCAUAGAGUCCUAUAAUUUAGUCCUUUAUCAUCAGCCCAAAUAUUUUGCCUUGGAGGCUCCCAUUUCCUGACAGACACUGAAAUGACUUGAGGAUUGUGUAUAACAUGUGGCCCAGUGAUACUAAGCUGGCUUCAGUUCUGUAGUGUGUUGCAUGCUUUACACAGAUGUUUUGAUUAUGUUUGUCUUCAGAGAGCCCUUCCUAUGGCCCUCUCUCUGACUGUGUCACCUAGACUGUCCUGAUAGAUGGCUUUAUCCUGUGAAGAGCACAUUUUCAUACUUGUUUUACCUCUGUAAUGUAUUUGGGUAAUUUUAUUUAUCAUGUGAUUUUUUUUUAAAACUGCCUGUCUCACCCAUCACCAGAUUAAAAACUUCAUGAGGAAGGCUGAGUAAAGUGAUUGCCAUGUAAGUAUGAGGACCAUAGUUGGGAUUCCCAGCAUCCAAGAAAAUGCCCAGUGGGGCCAGCCACCUGCAUGUAAUAGCUGUGCUUAAGGGGCAGAGACAAAAUCCUUAGACUAAACUGACGAAUCAAGAUUAACUCAAUCUGGCAAGCUCUGGAUUCAGGUCAUACUUUGCCUCAGUAUUUAAGGAAGUAAAUCAUGGAAGAAAACUCACCCACUCACAUGUGCAUGCACUCUAUACACACACACACACACACACACACACACAGAGAGAGAGAGAGAGAGAGAGAGAGAGAGAGAGAGAGAGAGAGAGAACAAAUCUUUAAAAAUAUUCUGAAAACAAAGCUGUUCAACAUAAUUUUAAAAAGAUUUUAGCUAGACGUUGUGGUACACUACUUUGAUCCCAGUAGUCCGGAGGCAGAGGCAGGCGGAUCUCUGAGAGUUCGAGGUCAGUUUGAUCUACAAAUCAAACAAGGUCCAGGAUGGCUAGGGUGGUUGGUUACACAGAAAAACUCAUCUUAAAAAAAAAAAAUUGGGGCUGGGGAUUUAGCUCAGUGGUAGAGCGCUUACCUAGGAAGCGCAAGGCCCUGGGUUCGGUCCCCAACUCCGAAAAAAAGAACCAAAAAAAAAAAAAAUUAAGGUAGGGGUUUGGUUUUACUACCUUAAUGAAGCCAUUCUUGGAUUAACUCUAGUUCUGGCAGGCAUUGAAUUUGAAAACUCCUACCUCAGCCUCCCAAGUAACUGGGACUACAAGGCCCAUUAACCAUGGCCCUUAGCCUAGGUAUAAAGUAAGCUUGUUUAGCCUCAUCUUAAACUGUAAUUUAUUUGCACAUUUUAUAGUUUGUUUAAUAAGACUUUAUAAAUGGCAAUAAUACAAAUGUCACUAGAGCUGUAAUAAAAGAUAAGAAGGAUGCUAGGUAUCAAAGUCCAAAUUGGGUCACUUAGGGAUUACAAAAUUGUCACUUUCUUUGGUUUAUUUUGAAAAACCACAAAAUUGGCUUAACAAGGAAAUCUGAGAUGUACACAUACGAACUUGGUUUGAAUAGUUUCAACCUCUUUGAUCUUCGCUCAGGUAGAUACAGAACAGGAAGUUACAUACCCACUGUUUUAUGACAUAGACCUUUGUAGGAAUUCUGACUUAAAAGCCUUGCUUUACCCUGACUGGGUAAUAACAGCACUUUUUUUCCUGUUUCGUUAAGAUUUAUUUAUUUUAUGCAUGUGAGCACACAGUAGCUGUCUUCAGACACACCAGAGGAGGGCAUUGGAUUUUAUUACAAAUGGUUGUGAGUCACCAUGUGGUUGCUAGGAAUUGAACUCAGAAUCUCUGGAAGAGAAGUCAGUCAUUGCUCUCAACCACUGAGCCAUCUCUCCAGCCCCACCCUUUUGUUUUCCUGUAACUUUUUGAGUGUUAGUUAUUUUCAUAUCUUUCUGUGUGUUUUUUUUUUUUUGUCAGCAUGCAUGUGCACCAUAUGUGUGCAGUGCUCUCAGAGUUCAAAAGAAGGUGCCAGAUCCCCUUGGAACUUGAAUUACAGAUUGUUAGCUGCUAUGUGGGUACUAGGAAUCAGACCCCAUUAGUGCUCUUUUGGUUAUGUUGUUGUUGUUGUUUUGUUUUGUUUGUUUUUGUUUUUCCGGAGCUGAGGACCAAACCCAGGGCCUUGCGCUUGCUAGGCAAGUGCUCUACCACUGAGCUAAAUCCUCAACCCCCCAUCAGUGCUCUUAACUGAUGAGUCACCUCCUCUUUAAAACAAAUUUUUGUAUCACAAAAUAACAGCUUGCAGUAACAUAAUAUGACUCUGGAGAGCAGGUAUUGGCAAAGCAUAAGCAAAAAUAACUGAGUGGGGCUUGGAGAGAUGGCACUCACAGGAGUCCUUGCUGCUCUUGCAGAAGACCAGAGUUUGGGUCCCAGCUGGGGCUGACACCCUAUUCUGAUCUCCACAGGCAUGACCCCAGGUGUAUAUUCACACAGAUACACAUACAUAAAGACAAUAAAAAUGAAUAAAUAUUAAAAUAACUAGAACUAUCAUAUGGAGACACUGAAAGUUUUUUAAAUGGAGGACCAAAGGAAGAUUUCUCCCUAUUGAGUACAAGUCAGGCAUCAGCAUUCGUUUUAUGUCUGCUUUUGAUAGGCAUAUUGUCUGCUUUUAGUUUGUGUACUGGCUGGUUUUGUGUGUAAACUUGACACAAGCUGGAGUUAUCACAGAGAAAGGAGCCACAGUUGAGAAAAUGUCUCCAUGAGACCCAGCUGUAAGGCAUUUUCUUAACUACUGAUCAAGGGGGGAGGGACCUUUGUAGAUGAUGCCAUUCCUGGGCUGGUAGCCUUGGGUUCUAUAAGAGCAAGCUGAGCAAGCCAGGGGAAGAAGUCAGUAACAUCCCUCCAUGGCCCCUGCAUCAGCUCCUGCUUCCUGCCCUGUGUGAAUUCCAGUCCUGACUUCCUUUGGUGAUGAACAGCAGUGUGAAAGUGUAAGCUGAAUAAACCCUUUCCUCCCCAACUUGCUUCUUGGUCGUGAUGUUUGUGCAGAAAUAGAAACCCUGACUAAGACAGUUUGACUAUUGAUUGGUGUGUGAACAUACCAUUGCUGUGUGGCUUGACAACAGUAACUUCUCUGUAUUGGUAAUUUACACAGCAAAAUGCCUAGCUGCAUUGCAGACAAGAGCAGUAGGGCUCCAUGGUUUUCCUGUAAGUAUUAGAUCAAUUAUUUCAGAUUGGUUUGUUGUGUAUCUAGGGCUGCACAGUUUUAGUCAGUAAGGUUUUAGUUAAUAAAGCUUUUCACGUUAUGUGAUCCAUCCAAAAAGAUAAAUGUCCUUUUAGAUACUCCCAGAAACACCUCUGAAUUGAGAAGAAAAUAUUUAAAAUGGUCUAAUUGUUGAAUUGUUACAUAGUGUUUAUAUUUAACAGUUACUGUUCAAGCUAGGUAUUGAGUAAAUAUGUUACUGACUGAGCAAGUAAAAGUAACACACAAAAGAAAUUCUUAGUUAUUUGUGGUAUAGAAAUACUUUUUACAUAAAGUUAAGAGAAGUUUUCAAAAGUUGUCAUGAGACCAUAGAGAAUGUUAGGAUCAUUAAAUAUAUCAUUAUAUAGACUAUGUAUUUGUACUGUUUUAUUCAUAAAAAUUUUUAUUCGGACUGAUUUAGGCUUUAACAGAUUAUGAGAUUGGCUUGAGGAAUAAAUUAAACUAAGUUUUUUUAAAAAAAAAAAAAGGUAAAAAUUGCCACUGGGGACUAUAGAAAUACUCAGGGGUUAAGAGCAUCUUACUGUUCUUCCAGAGGACAUGGACUCAACUAGUACCCAUAUAACAGCUCACAACUGUCUGUAACUCCAGUUUACAGGAUCAAACACCUUAUUCUGCUCUCUAAGGGCACCAGACCCUACUUGUGCAAUACAUACAUGCAGGUAAAACACAUAUACAUACAAUUAAAUCUCAGAUGUUUUUUUAAAAAAUUUAAAAUCUUAAAUAAAAAUUAAAAAUCUUCAUAGAUGUAGUUUGAAAAGUAAGAAAGGUAGUUCCUGCCAACUAAAGGCUUUGAAAAGGUAAAAGAAUAUAUUAGAGGAUGAGGAUGAACACUUUGAAGGCUUUAGGUGUUCAUUAGCUCGCUCUGUUAAUUUGUAAAGAGAGAGAAUUCAAUACUUAAGACGCAUGUGGUGGAGAGAAGGAAUGGACCAACUCCUGAAAAAUGCCUUCUAACCUCUUUAUGCUACCACACACACAUAUACAAAGUUGUUUUUGUUUCUAUUGUUUUUGUUUGUUUUUAUUGAUUUAAGAAAAUGAGAGCUGGAGAGAUGGCUGAGUAGUAAAGAGUAUAUACUGCUCUUGUGGAGGACCUGUGUCUGGCCUGACAUCCUCUUCUGGACCCUCAGCACUUGCACUUACAAUAUGCAUUUACCCCCACACAGACAUACAUAAUUAAACAAAGCUAGGCAUGGUGGCACACAUUUUUAAUCCUAGCACUCAAGAGACAGAGGCAGGCAGAUCUCCGUGAGUUCUAUGCCAGUCAGAAUUACAUAGUGAAGCUCUCUUUCAAAUAAAUAAAAAGUUGAACUAUCUAGGAUAUAAAUUUCCAAGAUCCAAAUCUAAGAUAAUACAACAAGAACUCUGGCCAGGUAGCAUAGCCUCAGGAUGACCCAUCAGUGGUUUUGUUUGAGUGGAGAUAACUGGUUUAGGUAGGUAACACAGGGAGUUAACCUAUGGCUUGAUCAAGAGUUUGUCUGCAUUGACCCAAACAAGUUAUGUGUCAAGCAUGCUGACAGAUUGAGUCAGUAGAACCAACUUAUUACAUGGAGAGCAGUUUAGCAUCAUCUGUUCAGCUCCUUGUCCCCAGGAUAACACUGAAACUAAAAGGGCCAAUAGUAAACAGAAUGGGUGAGGACAUUUUGUAGGUGAGGAACUGUUUGCAUACUAUGCUAAGCAACUUUUCUUAAACCUGAAGCUAUCCUCUGAGGAUCAGGGAAGAUAGAUGAGAAACUGCCUCAUAGGAACUUCCAGCAAAAUCUGAAGAUGAAUGAGAAGGAGCUUUCUGGCGUCUUCUCCUACUGCCUAUCUUUCCAUAUUUAAGGGGAUCACAGGCCUUGCUGUUGAGGUUCAGGCUGCGUGUGGUUCACCCUUUCUUCUGUAGUCUGUGCAGUCAUGGAAGAUCAAAGACCCCAGCACAGAGUAGUGUCCUACCAUGCCAUUCUGGAUAGGGAGAAAUGACAGCAUGAGCUAAUACAGACCAUGAAAGGAAAAUACUGGUUAAGUAGAAGUUUCAAAUAUUGAGAAGAUUCACAUUGAUUGGGGAGGAUCCAGGCUCUGUCUCUGCUCCUGCCCUGUAAAGAAACUCUGAACAGUCACUUGGUACAUUUAAAAAAAGUCUGUUUUGUGGCAGUUAGUGAAUGGGUACAUUUAUGAGUAAUGUUGAUAAUGUCCAUUAGGAGUGCUUAUGCUAGUCUUUUAUUGAGGAUUUUGUGUUUCUUUUAGAAGAUUCAAUUUCUGAUCUGUAGCUCGUAACCUUUAAAUCAGUGAUUGGCAGCCUAUGGGCCGCUACCACUUUGGUGUCAUAUAUCAGAUAUUUAUAUUACAAUUCGUAGCAGUAGCAAAAUUACAGUUAUGAAGUAGCAAGAAAAAUAGUCUUGUGGUCGGCAGGUCACCACAACAGGAGGAACUGUAUUAAAGGCUUGCAGAAUUGGGAAGGUUGAGAAACACUGCUUUAAACAGUCAUUAAACAGACAGAAGUGGAGUUAAGGGCAAAUGAUUCAGGUUACUUCAUCUUAGUAGUAAAAAAUCAGAAUGGGGGAAGGCAGAAUUAUUGAGGCGCAAUUGUCAAGUUAUUGGAGUGCAUUGCCAUGUCCAGUUCCUGAGCAGUUAGCUUCAGAAUGAGGACAGGGGGCAUCUGAGUCUGUAAUUUACACAAUAGCUGAUUACAGUUUUCUCCCCUUCCUUCCAAUUUAGAUAUUUAAAAAUCCCCCUUGAUGGGAGUCUGACCCAGAACUUGGCACAUUCUUGGAAAGUUCUCUAUCAUAGUUAUGUCCCAGACCUAAGACAUUUAAAUAUAAUGAAAAAUAUUUUAAUUUGAAUACAUUCUUAGGUAAAGUAGAAUUUUCUCCCUUUGCUCUUUGCCCUUCCUCUCUACAGCUCCUUUCAGGUUCUCUCCUUCCAACCCCUUAUCAUGCCCACUCUCAAGUUGUUAGAUUCUUUUUCUUUGAUUAUUAUUGUCACACAAACAUAUACGUGUAUGCACAAAUGUUUACAUAGCCAUUUCUAGAAGAGACUGUUUCAUACCCAGACAUCUGGUUCUUACCCAGUCUUUCCAUUCCUUUUCCAUCUAGUCUUGAAGAAUAUCUGCUGGGUCAUAAGUGCAGGAGCUGUUGGGGCAGGGCUCUCUGAUCCAUUGAUCUCUGCUAUGUACAGAUGCAGUUUUCUAUGGUGGCCUUCAUCAUCUGAAAGAGAUGUUUCUUUGAUGAGGAGUGGUAACUACACUAACCCAGGAAAGGUGUCUGGUGAACCAGAACCAAAUACUUUAGCCUUUAAAAGAAAGUUUUGUUGAGAUACAUACAGUUCAACUUCUUUAAGUGCAUAUACUGAUUUUAAAGGUAUUCAGGGCUACAUAACCAGCACCACUAUGUAAUCAUAACAUUUUCACCAUUCCACAGGAAUUACCAAUUCCUACUGGUAAUUUCUUUUUAUUUUCCCCUCUGAUCUACCUGACAACCCCUAAUUUUUUUCUGUCUUUGUGGAUUUGUCUAAGAGAUAAACUCUUAAAGACUGUACAGUCAUUUAUCAAGCUUUUAUACAUGAAAUGCCAUUUUGCUGGAAAUAACUUUAUAAUGCUAAUUCUUUUAUAUCAGUAAGAAGUCACCUAUGUAUUUAUUAAUUUUUAAAAAUAUUUUUUAUUCUCUAGAGUAUAAUGGAAUUACAUUAUUUCUCCCUCCCCUUUCCUGCCUGAACCCCUCCCAUCAUGCUCCCUUUUCUCCGUCAAAUCCUCAUUAAUUGUUGCUAGUGCUUGUAUGUAUGUACAUGUACAUUCCUAAAUGCAGCCUGCUCGGCCUGUUUAAUGCUAUUCAUGUGUGUGUUUUCAGGGCUGACCAUUUGGUAUUGGAUAACCAAUUAAUUGGUGUGCUCUUCUCUGAGGAAAAAUUUCUCCUGCUCUCAGAAUUCCUUAGUUAUUUGUAGUUCUUUGGGAUUUUCUCCAUCAACUUUGGCAUGCCUGUUGUUAUUCCUGUUCAGCUCAUCUUUAGGCAAUCAUGUUGGUGAGAAUUUAUGGAGGAGACAGUCUCACAGAAACCCCCUGAUUCUCUGGCUCGUACAGUCUUUCCUCCCCCUGUGGAGCAAUGUCUGCUGAGUUGUUUGAAGAGAAGAUGGAGAAUUAGAAGAUGGAGAAAUAGAUGAUGCAGGAUUUGAAGAAACACAAGAUCAUGAAGCAAAAGAGAAUGAAAAGCAGAAAAAUGAGAAAGCCUACAGAAAAUCAAGAAAAAAGCACAAGAAGGAAAGAGAAAAGAAAAAAUCCAAAAGGAGGAAACAUGAGAAACAUAAGCAUAACUCUCCAUCUGGUGAUAGUUCCGACUAUAGCCUGGAUUCAGAUGUUGAACAUAUGCAAAGUUCCCAUAAGAAAAGAACUAGCUUCUACAGGGAUUAUGAUGUUCCAUUUUCUCAGACGUAUAUCAGGAAGUUACAGGACAUCAAAGAAGAGUCAACAUAACAAAAAAUUUAACAGUAAAGAAUAUGCUGAGUCCAGUUUCUACAGUGAUGACUACUUUGGUAACUACAGUGAUGACAACUUUGGUAACUAUAGUAACCAGGAAGGAGAAGAAGAUUUCUCCAGUCAGCUGAAAUACUAUCGACAAUCCCAGGAGCGCUCAGGGUCAUCAUUCUCUAAAGAAUCAGGGAAGAAACUGAGAAGUAGAGAAAGCCCACCAGGUACUGAAUAUCGGAUUAAAAAUUUUAAUGUUAGUCAUGGACAUCUUUUGCCGAGGAAAAUCAGAAGAAAAGAGCACUGUGGGGCACGAGUCAUUAAAGGGCCUCAUGUCUUUUCAGCAGUGGAUGACUUUCAAGAGUACAGCAAACCGGGGAAAAAGUGGAAAGUCAUGACUCAGGAGUUUAUUAACCAGCACACAGUGGAGCACAAAGGGAAACAGAUCUGUAAAUACUUCCUGGAAGGGAGAUGUAUUAAGGGAGAUCAUUGUAAAUUUAAUCAUGAUGCAGAAUUGGAGAAGAAAAAGGAGGUCUGCAAAUAUUAUUUACAGGGAUAUUGUACCAAAGGAGAGAACUGCAUUUAUAUGCAUAGUGAAUUUCCUUGCAAGUUCUAUCAUAGUGGAGCAAAGUGCUACCAAGGAGACAAGUGUAAGUUUUCUCAUGAUGAUCUGACUAAAGAAACAAAGAAACUUUUGGACAAAGUGCUGAAUGCUGACGAAGAACUUGUAAACGAAGACGAAAGAGAAUUAGAAGAACUUAGAAAGCACGGCAUAACUCCUCUCCCCAAACCACCCCCAGGAGUCGGGCUCCUCCCAACCCCAUCAGAGCAUUUUCCCUUUUCUGAUCCUGAAGACGAUUUUGAGACAGAUCUUUCUGAUGAUACGAAGAAAAUUCCAUCUCUUUUUGAAAUAGUUGUAAAACCUACUGUGGAUUUAGCACAUAAAAUUGGGAAGAAACCACCAGCAUUUUACAACAGUACCUCUCCACCAGGACCACAGUAUGAGGAAAGCAGUCACUGUCCACAGCAUAUGUACAGUUCUGAGUCAAGUCCAGGUCCUGGAUCUAAUAUUCCUCAAGGAAGUGAGAGUCCUGUGAGACACCCAGGCUCCCCUGGACACCACCCAUGUAUAGGACCUCCUGGUCCACCAAUGCAAGAGAACCCACCUUUGCUACCUGGUUCAUCUGAAGUUGUAGGCCCUCAUAGCCAAGCUGGAGGGCUUGUUCAGCUGGACACACUACCAAGUAUGGGUGGAGCUUAUCAUUCCCCAGGCUUUCCAGGACACGUGAUGAAAGUCCCCAGAGAGAGUCACAGCUCUACAGCUUCAUUGUACCAGCAAAUGCCUAGUGAGGUACAGCUCAGUGCCGACUCUGAGUGCCUGCAAGGCUCGGCUGAAGUUUACGAUGAUUACUACCCACAGAAUGCUGCACACAGCUUUCAACCACCCGAUAACUCUGCUGAUGAGAUGUGGCAUGAAGAAUUUGCACAGCAGCAGCCUCCCGGUGCUCAUGACUCUCCUCACCUUGGGAGUGGGCCUGAUACCAGCAGCACUUUAACAAGUCACUGCCCUCUGCCUGCUUCAGGGCUCCCUCCUGCAGUGCAGAGAGCUCUUUUCAUCCCAUUGACUCAGAGAUACCAAGAAGAUGAAGAACCAGCUGGCACCCAGCCUCAUAGAGCAUCAAGCAAGGAAGAAGACGACACAGUUAACUGGUAUUCCAGUAGUGAAGAGGAAGAAGGAAGUGGUGUCAAGUCAAUACUGAGGACAUUACAGAAACAAACGGGAACUCUAAGAAAUCAGCAACACCCUCCCACAGAGCUCAGCAUUCCUACUGAUCCAAGACUUGCUAAAGAGAAAAGGAAAGGAAAUCAAGUGGUUGACCCAAGACUCCGGACUGUCCCAAGGCAAGAUAUUAGAAAGCCGCAUGAGUCUGUCCCAGUGGAUCUUAGACUUGUGUGGGAUCCCAGGAAAUUCAGAGGGAAUGGAGGUGCUCCUGGGGGCUCUUCAGCCACUGGAGCAAAGUUUGAUUUGCGUCAUACAAGUGCUGGUGCAAAUCACAAACCCAAAAGAAGAGAUGAUGAUGAUGAAGAUACAGAAAGAGAACUGAGAGAAAAAGCCUUCUUAAUACCUUUGGAUUCUUCACCUGGCGUAGUCCUCCAGGAUCCAAGGUCACAGUUAAGACAAUUCAGUCACAUUAAAAUGGACAUUAUUCUAAACAAACCCAACUUUGCAAAACACAUUGUGUGGGCUCCAGAAGACUUACUUCCAGUACCUUUACCUAAACCUGAUCCAGUAUCUUCAAUCAAUUUACCUCUGCCCCCACUUAUAGCUGACCAGAGGCUCAGUAGAUUAUGGAAUACAAAAAGUGAUCAUCAGGGUACCCUUUCCCUUGAUCCAACUUCAGCAGCCAAAGCCAGAAUGAGUCUAACACCCAGAGAGGGCUGCUUAGAGCAGUCUGGAGAUUUACACAGUUCAGGAGGUAAACUAGGAGAUCCUAGGCUGCAAAAGAAUUUUGAUCCUAGGCUUCACAGACUGCCCAAUACAGAGUCUCCUCAAGUGGCCAUAAAGGACUCGCAUUCAUUGAGGAAUGCUCUGCCCUUAGCCAGGUGGAACCCUGCUUUGUCACAGCCCUCAACAGCAGCACCUGUUACUGUUGCUCCUGUGACUCUUCCCUUGUAUGCCUCCAAACUCUCUUCAGAUGGCCUCCCACCAGGAACUCCAAGUUCAGUUCUGAGUGGCAUUAGUUUGUAUGAUCCUAGGGAUAAGGGUUCAUUGUCUGCAACAGAGCUGUCAACCAUUUCUUCAGGAGAAAAUACAGAGAACCAGAAAAAAAGUGGUGUAAAAAAUAGUGAUAAAAACCAGCCUUCCCCUGGAGAAGUGAUCCUUCCACAGAAAACUACUGCAGACAUGAAAGUCCCUGUUGAUGGGCCGGCUGAUGUGCAGACAGAUGUCCUCAGCAGUGCUGAUGGGGUUCAGGCCCCUGCUGUGCACAGUCUUCCUAUUCAGGCCUUAACAGGCUUAAUUGGACCUCCAUACAGUGAUCCGAGGCAGGCAAGAGAGCCAGGACAGGCAAGCCCCACCCCAGAUGAUGAUCCUAGUAGAGAAACAGAUGACAAGUCUCUGAAAGAGGUUUUUAAGACGUUUGAUCCAACCGCAUCACCGUUUUGUUAGCUGUUGUGUAACUAAGCUGUUCUCACGCUAUCACAGUUCUCUGCUUUUUUGUAACUUGUUUACCUCGAUAGUUUAUUUAUUUUUUAAAUUAUAAACAUUUUUCAGCUGCUAGUAUCAGAACCACAUGAACUUAUAUCCUCUAAAGUCUGUGGUAUUUUAUAUAAUAUUUUUAUAACUUCAAGAGACUAUAGUAUAGAAAAACAUGUUAGCUUUAGUAAAAGUAUUUUUAUUGUUAAAAGUGAACCAUCAUGAACUCAACACUCAGCCUGAGUAUAUGCCAGUUGUCUUUCUUAAUCAUUGUUUAGGUUAACAAUUACCACUUUUAUAUGGUUGUUUAGUUUCAAGCAAUAUGAUAUACAUUACUUUUGAGAAUCAGUAUUUUAACUAGGAUCCUUUCUGUCAGCACAAAACUGAUUAGUGUGUAACGCCAACUGCUACAUAAAAUGCAAGGUGAAAACAUUCAAAACCAUAAUUAGCUCAGCUCUUAUUUCAGGGCAUCAAUUUAUUAGCAUUGGCAAUACUGUCUGUGUACAUGAAGCACUUGAAUGUUGUAUCUUUUAAAAGUAUUUUAUUGUACACUAUCAUAGAAGCUGAAGGACUAUAAAUAAAAUGUUUUGCUAUAGUAAAAAAUUUCUAGGUUCUCUAACAGAACUUUUAAAAUUUAAGUUUUCACAUUAAAUAGUUAUGAGUUUAUUGCUGUAUCACAUUGUGAUAUUUAUGUAUUUCAGUGUUUUGUCUUUAGCAAAUAGUUUUUAUCUCUUUCAAAUGAUGUUACUGCAAUAUUUGUGCUCAUCAUGACUGUGGCAAUUUUUAACAGAAUUUUCAAUGUGAGCCUGUAGUAAUUAUUAUGCUGAUAAUGUUUUAAAUGUCUAGAUUAUAUAUUUUUCUUGCAUAGCAAAAAAAUAAAAAUAAAAAAUACAAAGACAAAAACUACCCCACUGAGAUGGCAGGUAUAUUCCACUGUAUAUGGUUCCAAUAAACAACAUUUUAGAUCUCACACAACUGGUUCUAUAACAGGGAUCACCUAUGUUUUAAUUAUUUAAUGUCCCCAUAGUUUAGAACUCUGACUAGAAAUUGUAUUAUGCAUUCUUGUGUAUUCACUGCAGUGCAUAGGUAAAGGUACCUGUGUUUAUAAUGUAACUCAAACUCAGUGUUACACUGGUGCAGUCUCUUGAACCGCUGGUGACUGGUAGUGUUUGCUGAGAUGGCUCCAGUAAAUCAUUGAAAAAGAGAAUUUGUUAUGAGACAAAGGAAGCAAAAAGGCCAGUCCUUGGUUAGAGAGAACUCUCACAGAAGCAAUUUUCACAGUUCACAAAAUGUUUUUGUUUCUAUUUGUUGUCUAAAAUGGCUCUGGAUAGCAGGGUAGAGUCAAAGAUACUGUUUAAAGUCACAUAAAUAGAGACUCUCUCCUCACUGUUCAAGUGGACACUACUGUUAAACGAGAAGUCAAUAAAGUAGAUAAAACGGACAGAAAAAAUGUAGUCCAAAGUAGUACACUUUUCUCUCUUAUCAGAAUUUAAAAAAAAACAAUAAAAUAGCUAAAUUUAAGUUAAUCAAAAAUUGUAACAAAUUUUUAGUUCCACUCAUGCAUUUAUCCUUAUUGUUGAAUUAGGAAUACUUCUAACACUACAAGAUAAUUUGCCUUACACAAAACUCUCAAUGAAAGCUCUCUUUAUAAUAACUUCUAAACCCUACUUUUAAAAAUUAAUACCAGGGGUUGAGGAUUUAGCUCAGCAGUAGAGCGCUUGCCUAGCGAGCACAAGGCCGUGGGUUCGGUCCCCAGCUCCGAAAAAAAGAAAAAAGAAAAAAAAAUUAAUUCCAAUGAUAGGAUAUUUGUUUACUCAUUUCAUUGUCAUCGUUCCUUUUCUAUUGUUGUGAAGAGGUUCCAGGACCAAGGCUACUUUUACAAAGUAAAUCAUUUAAUUGGCUUGCUUAAAUUUUGGAGGUUUAGCCCAUUAUCAGCCUGGUGGGAAGUGUGGUCAGAGCAUGGCAGGACUCAAGGCCUUGGAGCACAUCCUGGUCCACAGGCCAAGACAGAGAAAGUGGGCUUGCUUGGCAUGGGCUCUUGAAACCUCAAAGCCCAUUCCCAGUGACCACACUUCUUCCAACAAGGCCAAAGCUCCUAACCCUCCUUAUUCUUCUCCAAUAAUGCCACUCUGUGAUGACAGAGCAUUCAAAUAUAUGAGCCAAUGGAGGCCAUUGUUCAAACCACCACACUUAUUCAUGGGAGUGUCCUAACGUGUUUUGCAAACCAAUUUUAUCUCAUAAACUGAUACUACAGUUUAUAUUAAAGCAAUGUUUAAAAUAAUGCUUUUGACUUGCACCAUUAUUUGGGAUUGAAAUACUAGCUUAGGGUAUAUUGUUCAGAACCUGUCAACAUAGAUUUCUUUAAUCCCUCUUUCUGACUUUCUCACAAAAAUGUAAUAAAUACCUACUUUUCCCAGUUAGUAAGCUCUUCAUUAAGGUGGAUUGGUGUAAAAUAAAGAAAACUUUCCCCAAAGGCUUAGAUAUUUGAAUAGUCCCCAGUUGGAGCCACCAAACGUUUAGGGGGAGGUUUGGGGAAUGUGGCCUUGCUGGAAGAAAUCAUUUGUGGCUGCUGUGAGAGCAAACAGCACGUACCUCCUUUCAGUUUGCCCAUUUUAUGCUUGUCUUUGAAGAUAGGAACUCUCAGUUUCUUACUUGCUUCUGUGACCAUGCUUACCUGCCCUAAUGGACUCUGACCCUCUGGAACCACAAGCCAAAAUAAACCCCUCCUUCUAGAUAAGUUGUCCUGGCCCUGGACUUCCAUCACAGUCACAAAAAAGUAGCUAACAGUUGUUAUUUUUAGAAUUUAUGGAAUUUGGUGUCUUAUUAUUGCAGUAAAAAGUUGCAUCCUGUUCUUAGAAGCGACACUUUCACAGAUGACAGAAACAGCUUGUAUCUGAAAAGACUGAGUGGGCUCCUCUGUUGCGAUGCCACAGACCUUCAUGGUGGGAUCCACGUAUUCACUUUGGUGUUGAAUAGAGUACAAAUCAGGCCAUAAAACUGGACCAGCAUCAGACCAUAAACUUGUCGACUAUUUUGCUAUAUCUUGCUCAGGACUUUAUUCUGAACUUUGAAAACAAACCAAAUGUUGAAAUGGUUUCACAUUCUAUGUUAUUGACUUCGUUUCUGUGUGGAACCUCCAUGCUUCCCACCCUGCACUCCAAACCCCAGAACUGGGCCACAGUGGAAGGAGCCACAUUAUGUGGUGAUGUAUGCUUAGGUUUUUGUUUGUUUGUUUGUUUUGUUUUGUUCCUUUUAACUUUCUAGGACUUGAGACCUUAGCGCUCCUGAUAGUCCUAUUUAUUUUAAAGGUGGGAGAACAGUUGAGUAGACAAACCUUUAAACUGAUUAGUCACAGAACUAGAAGGACAGAGAAGUUUUGAAUGACUCAAAGUUUAGAGACAAUGAAGUCAUUCUUUUCUGAUUGAUUUCUAAACAUCAUCUCAAUGUCUAAUUCUUAUCUGUGAGAUAUAAAUAAUUUCAAUCGUUUAGAGAUUUGAGGUAGGGAGGGAAUCAUUUUUGUAAAGUACUUAUAAAUACAAAUUUGCCUUGUGAAUGUAAGUCACAGACACAAUCUUACAUUCCUAUUAGGGCUACUAAGUUAAAUAAAGUUCCAUAAUAACCAGGCAUGACCUGUUUGUUUUCCUAAGGUUAUGAAGCUUUAGAUGUGCACUGUAACCAUAAGAGGAAAGUUGCCUGAGGAGUUGUUUCAAAGAAUUUUAACCCACUAGGUUAGCAAGUGUUUAAAUGUUAGUGUGUAAGAAACACAGAACUUUCAACUUGAUUUGUAAUUUGUCAUAAUGAUCUGAUCUGUCUGCUUUAUACAGGAUGGAUGUUGAUGGAAGCCACCAGUUGCUUUGCUGCUGGGCCAUGCUGUAUGUCUGCUGAAAUAGCCUGUGAGGGUGGAGUGGACGGACGUCUAUUCAGUAGUAAAGCCAUUGGUGUUUAAAACAACAGAGAGACUGACUGAGUGCUGGAGAUGGAACCCAGAGCCUCAACAUGCCAAGCUAGAGCUGACACUGCGCUGCACUCCCCGGCCUUCACUGUGGAUUUAAGCAGCUUUAUAAGGAUAUUAAGACCUCCUUUGCCAUCAUGCCGUGGAGUUGUCAGUGAUGCUCGUUUACACGCUUUUUACAUCGGCAUGCAGGAGGGUGUGGCCACCCACUCAGUUCAGAUGGGCAGGAGCAUUCCCUGUUAAGUCUACACCAGGAAUGUUAUCAGGGAAGCUCUGUAAAGCACAAGGCCUGGCCUCACGUACCUGUGUCUCAGAUUCCGCCUGAGGAGCAUGCUACACAAGCUGCCUAAGUCCUGCUCAGCACAGGUCAGGGAGACGAUCCCUCAGCUUUACAAUGUGUCUUGGACCAGGGCCACCAAGGCUGGGAGUUUCCUUGUGCUUGUUUUUCGUAAACCCAGCUCAUCACAGUCUUCGUUUGAGGCUUCUUGAAGUCGGUGUCGUAGUAGUUUCCUCUUCCACUGCAUGCAGAAGGCAGCAACCUCCAAUUCCUCUGGAUCUGAGGAAGGCCAUCUCAAACCCUGCGAGAGGGAAAGGAUGCUACAGCUCAGUGCCGAAGUCUGUACUCUACAGUGACCGGGGAUGCUGGCCUCAUGUCUUCAGGGUCACCAGUGUGGAACUUGCUCUUACAAAGUUCCUCCUAGCAUGUUAGGGCUGCCUUUCUGGUAUGACAGCUCUUGUUUUACACCAUCAAGCUAUUAUGUUUGAAGGCAAGUGGAGACUACCCACCCUGAACAGAGAUGAAAAGGAACACAAACAGCUUUAUAUUUAAUCCAGUGAAAUGUUCUGAUAACAUAGCCAAUUUUAAAUUCACUCUCAGCAGUUAAGAACACUGGUUGCUCUCGCUGAGGGCCCAACACCCAUAAGAUGGCUCACAAACACCUCUAAGUCCUGUUUCAGGGAUCCAGUGCUUUCUACUGGCUUCUUUGGGCACCGGGCAUACAUGUGGUACACAGACAUAUAUACAGGCCAAAGCACAUACACACAUUAAAAAAUAAUUUUUCUCUCCCCUCUAAAUUCUUCCUCUGGUUUCAUCUUGCACACAAAGAACAAAAACAGGAAACUGGGUAUGAUUUAGUUUAUAUUUCAGAGAGUCCUUGACUAAUGAUUACCAAUUCACAAUAGUUCAGCUUUGAAAUAUGAUUGUGUCUUAAGCUGUUACUGUUAGGUGCGGACUUGGAGCCAUGACUCGGCAGUCAAAGAGCAUUGGCUGCUCUUCUAGAAUAACCUGGGUGAGACUCCCAGCACCCACAUGCUGACUCACAGUCAUCUGUAGCUCCACUUCCAGGGGGAUCUGAUGCCCUUACGACUUCUGAGGGUAAAGCACACAUGUGGAGCACAGACACACCUGCAGGCAAAGCAUUCAUACUCAUAAAAUAAAAAGCAAUCUUUUUUUUUUUUGGUUCUUUUUUCGGAGCUGGGGACCGAACCCAGGGCCUUGCGCUUCCCAGGUAAGCGCUCUACCACUGAGCUAAAUCCCCAGCCCCAUAAAAAGCAAUCUUUAAAAAUUAGGUUAGACUAUUAAUGCAUCGUCUAUGUUUUUGUUUAGCUUUUUUCUCUUCUUUUCCUUUCUUUUUUUUUUCUUUUCUUUUUUUCAGAGCUGGGUUCUUUUCCUUUCUUAGACAAGGUCUCAUCAUUCUGUGCCCCAGUCUGGCCUUGAGCUUCUGAUCUUCCUCCCUCAACCUCGAGACAACGGGAUUACAGGUGUGAGUUACCAUGUCUGGUGGAUGUAUUUGUGACUUAAUUGUAUUUUCAAUUCAUGGUGGGUUUCUAGGGGCAUAAGUCCAUCAUGAAUGGAGAGGUGGCCAUACAGUAGAGGUGCUUCGUCCCUUCAGAGGAGUUAAGAGUUAAGUUCAGGUCUGAAGAAGAAGCAGCCAGGCCUGGGAGAGUGAUGAAGACAGAGGUAGGCCUCACACAGAAAGGCCUAAGAAAUCUCUUUCUUACUUAUUUAAUCUGUUUUUUGUUUUGGUUUUGUUUUGCUUCGAGACAGGUCUCAUAUAGUCCAGGCUGGUCUCCCAUUCGCUGUGUACCUAAGGAUAGUCUUGAACUUCAAAUCUGCCAGAUUCUAUAGCCAGAGUCCUAGUGUUAACACCCAGAGGAGGCAUUCUUUUAGGCAUGUAAACACUGCCCAUCUGCAGCUGUCAUUUAAGAUAUGGGAAGCCAGAAAAAGUGUUGUUUUCACCAGAAUGAGACAAAGUCAGACAAUACACAAAAUUAUGCUUUUUUUAAUCUAAUGGAGACCUGAGUUUGAAGUUCUCCAGGCUCAGACGUAUUAGAAAAGAGUCAUCUCUGAGGAGAGAUGGGAAUAGUACUGGUUUACAUAAGACUCAGCAUGGGAGGGACACAGGGCAGCUAUGUAAUUGAAUAAGAAGUUUGGGCAAACAGUUUAAACGGGCUAUGGGUGUAGCUCAGUAGCAAAGUACCUGUGUAGCAUCUUGAAGACACUGGCUUUGACCUCCAGGAUAGAAAAAUAAAAUCAACAAAUUGCUAACGUCCAAAUGUAGACUAGUGUGAGCACAGCACCCAUCCACAGGGAAAGUCUAUGCACACUCAGGAUCUGCCAUCAAGGCCUCCCUGAUGCUCCUGGAAAAGGCUCAACUGGGUCAGGGGAUGAGAACAUCUGUCUGAGAUGCAGGCUUUGGGGACAAGAACAACUCCCAUCACAUAGGCAUAAUUACUCCCAAGAUCUGUCCCUUCAUUAAAUAAAAGCCUCUAGCCACUGAGGAAAUGACAGCAAACUAAACACAAGUUAAGGCUAGCAAGCCCGAUACCCUCACAGUGAUCUUAAUAAUAAAAUCCCAGCUCAAGCCAAUGCCUGACAAGAUGGCCUCACCCCUACACUAGGUGCUUAGAAAACAUGAAUAUUUAUAAAAAUAUUACUAACUCGGUAUCUACACAUCUGCAUGUAAUACAAGCAGAACAGUCCUGUGGUUUGACCCACUGUCAAGAUAAAAACCAAAUCCCGCAUAGCAAUUAGAGUCAGAUCUGAGCCAUGUUAUCAGAAAAUAAGGUUUAAAAACACCUACGAUUAAUAUCUCUAUGGCUUUAAUUGAAAUGCAGGCAAAAGUGCAUAGGUAAAUAACCAAUCCUACAAAAGAUGAAAAACCACAAUAAACAAACAAACACAAACAAACAAAUUGCUUGGUAGUGUAUACUCAAAAUCUUGCCACUCAGGAGACUGAGGCAAAAAAAUCCAGAGUUAAAGGUCAGACUGAGCUAUGUAUUGGGUUCGAAGCCAGAAAUAGGCUAUCUAUGAUCUUACCUCAAAAUCAAAAACAAAAAGUGUAUUCAGCUAAUUAAACAAACAAAGGGGAAUACUGGAGGCAGAAGAAAAUAGUAAAAGCUGCACAGAAUGCUGUGGUAGGCUCUCCUGCAGAUCGGAUCCUGCUGAAGCAGUGAUAAGAUUAAAGUGAGGUUAAUGGAAAUCACAGGUCCCUGUGGCACUCACCCGAAGACAGGCAGCUUCCACAGCCCUCACCGUCUCGGAGACAGCCUGGAGGAGCCGCUGUGCAUUGUCUACAAGGAGCUCUUCAGAGGACUUGCUUCUUGUGAGGGAGGCCUUUACACUGGAGCAUUUGUUGAGAAAGAAAUCUUUACCCCAGGUUAGGAGGCAAUCGGCAAUAAAAACCAGAAUUCACAGUGUAAGACCCAGAUAGAAAGCUGAGAUAUUUUGGUGAGAAUAUUCAGAAGAGACUGUGUGUGUAUGUGUAUGCGCGCGCGUGCGUGCACACAAAUGCCCUCAAACCAGAGAUCAGUGCAAGGUGUUUUCCUCAAUUGCAUCCCACUUUUUUGUUUGUUUUUGAGACAGCAUCUCUAGCUGAGCCUGGAGCUGCUUACAGGUUUGGCUAGAGCAGCAAGCUGAGAAGAACCCUGUGCCUUCCUCCUCGGCCCUGGGUUAUAAGUAUGCACUACCACACCCAGCUCUUAGAUGAGUGCUGGGAGCCAAGCUCAGGUCCUCCUCAUGCAUAUGUGGGGCAAGCAUGUCACCAACUGAGUUACCUUUCUAUUCCACAGGAAGACUGUUCCAAGGGCUUAAUAGAGCGUUUUUUAAAUGAAAAUCGUAUUUUAAUGCCAGUAAAAUGUGAGUCAUACAGCAUCUAUAGCAAAAACCAACAGAGUGUGCUGCUAAUGGUAGUAACUGGAGAGAGGUCACAGAACAGACACCAACUGUCAUUGAAACAUGAAUGGAUAAAAUCGGUACACACUAUGUUCAGGACUUGGCUGAUACUGGAGGGACUGCCUUCUUUAGGGUUCAGCAGUUCCCAGAAAUUGUUCGGAAUGGCUGACCUGCAAACAGACCUCCCAUAUUUAACCAUCCGUCCUGCAUAUGCUUAGCCUGCUCAUUCGGCCUUGGGCAUUCAUUCCCAUGAGAACCACGGGGAAUGCUUUUGCCUGUUCCCUUAGCUCCUCCUGUCAUUGACACAGGUAAGUUCUCUUGUGUAGCCCUCCCCACAGCCAACAGCCUCUUAUAUGAGCCACUGUGCCUCUUAUAUGAGGGUGAGGGGUGUCAUUUUGAGUAUAAAAAUUAAUUUGCUUGUGGUGGUCAUUUUUUGUCUGUCUUAAAUAGAAGAAAAUACUGGGGGCUGGGGAUUUAGCUCAGUGGUAGAGCGCUUGCCUAGGAAGCGCAAGGCCCUGGGUUCGGUCCCCAGCUCCGAAAAAAAGAACCAAAAAAAAAAAAAAAAGAAGAAGAAGAAAA